GAAUAGCCCAAGCUGUUGGGAGAAAAUGACCUUGAUGCAGGUAAGAUGGUUACUAGAGUAACUUAGACAGAAAAGUAGAUCUUCAACCUAGAAAGGCAAAACAGGCACGUCAAUAAUAUAGUUUCGGAGAAACAGGUACACAAGUAACAGGAUGCAGGUAAAGCAGGUACAAAUAAAAGGAUUCAGGUAAUCAAGUCAGCAUAUAAAAUGAUACAGGUAAUCCCGUACACAAAUAAAAUGAUACAGGUAAAACAAGUACAAUAAUAAAAUGAUACAGGUAAUCAAGUACACCAAUACAAUAAUAAACGUAAUCAAAUACACCAAUAAAAUCAAGCAGGUAAUCAAGUGCAUCAACAAAAGGACACAGGUAGCAUUUUUGAGACAUCUCUAAAUAGUAUCCUAUCCCGACUUGAAACAAAAACAAAAUCCUGUCAUUGCCAAAGAACACACCGUCCAGCUACUAGGUGUAGCAAUAACCCUGUUCCAACAACAAGAACCACAUCCAGCCACUAGUUUUAUUGAUCACAAUGAUGAUAUCUUAAGCAUUAACACAAACAUUUUCAGAUUAUACGCGAGGGGUCAGCUGAGGAUCUGAACAAAGUCAUCAUGACAUCACCCAACCCCCGUGACAUCAUUAACUACCGUGACCCGGCUUGCAUCACCGCUCUCCAAAUGGCCGCCAGGUUCAACAAGCCAUGGGCAGUGGAAAUACUUCUCUGUAACGGAGCAGGUACUAAUAAAGCUCAAUACUCUUAAGAGGUCGAGAGUCUAUCUCUUAGGACCUCGGCCAUGAAACAUGGCCCAGUAGUCCCUGGGGACUCCGGCCAUGCAACACGGUCACGAGUAGGGGGGGGUUGGACAGUUUGCUUUCACUCAUCAGGGGACAGUUUUGCGUCACCAUCCCCCUUGCCCUAUGAGUCAUGCGGUCUAGACGUUGGUUUGGAACGGCUUUGCUUCCUCUCCAGGGAUGGUGUUGCGUUACCUCACCCCACCGUCCAGGGAGCAGUUCGGACGGGACUUUGUCGGGACGAAACGGUCACCUAGGCGCGGCUUUCUCAAGGCCGCACGUUUUUAAUCCUCAGCAAGGGUUUAUAAAAUAUACUCAAGCCUCAUAUCCAUUAUCGGCGACACGUCAUCAUGUUAGCGCGCAACGCCCGUUGCGUGGGAAGUCAUGCGUUUCGCUUGGAUCUUUUAGCUUCAGGAGUGUCCUCCCUACUAGUCUUCCACACCACGCUGAGGUCAGAUCCGUGUGACACCUCCGAAUUUCUUCGGGGGUGUGCUCUCCGACCUGGAGGGGUCAGUUCACAGCGAAGGGAGCAGGUACUAGACCCUGCAUUAUAUCAUAGUCAAGUAGAUUUAGAUAUUGGUCCUCGGAUGUGGUUAUUGUCAUUCGUCCUUAAGGUAGUACUUAUUAUGUAGUAGGCUUUAGUCCUCAGAUGUGGCAGUCAUUCGUCUCCAAGUGUAUUAUUAGUAUUAGUCAUUGUGUGGCAGUCAUCGGUUUCUCAUAUGUCGUAGUCAUUGGUAUAGAGUUGUAGUUGUAAUUUUGAAUUCAUAUAAUUUACCAUCGUAAUCGAAACGGUCCAUUGGCAAAAUGAAUACUUUGAUUGAGAAACGGCGGCGGCAAAAUUGGUGACUGCUAAACGGCGGCGGCAAAGUGGCGACUGCUAAACGGCGGCGGCAAAGUGGCGACCGCUAAACGGCGGCGGGAAAGUGGCGACUGCUAAACGGCGGCGGCAAAGUGGCGACUGCUAAACGGCGGCGGAAAAAGUGGUGACUGCUAAACGGCGGCGGCAAAAGUGGCGACUGCUAAACGGUGGCGGCGUAUCAUCAUAGCUAGGAAUUGUGUUGAUGAGAUCAAAAGAGAAAUAGAUCUAAGAAUGAGCUAGGUUCACAUAACGCCAAAAGGGAGAACUUUUUAAGUACGUUCGGAUUUCUAAAAACAAUCAUAGUUAUUUUCUAUUCUUUUACGGAAAUCGAAGAAAUUUCAAUGUGCAAAAAAAAUUUUAACUCCGCUUUUAUUUUAGUAAAUGUUUAAAUAUUAUUAUUAUUAUAAAUGACCAAAACAUUUAAAGUAUCAACAAAGGAACUAUUUUAUGCAUUUUAUAUGUGUUUGAAAGUUAUGAAAAAAUAAAAAAAAUAUAAAAAAUCAUGCUCAAAGAAUUACACCGUAAUCACAUUUAUCGGGAAAACCCAGACAUCAGUUGUUUUUAGUGCGUCUUUUAGUGCGUUGUUAAUAUUGGGAAUUAAAAUUCAAAUUAUUUUGUUCUCAACAAUCACGCCAAUGACGUCAUAGUGUGAAUAGCCUAUUUUGCCAAAACUCUUAGGUUUCAUUAAAAUUAAUAACUGUGCUUGACAAAACUGAUUAUGUAUUUUCCCUUUUAAAAGUAAACUUAAUAAAUACAAUUGAUUGCUUUUUGAAUUGUUAAUAAAACACACACACAUUUUGGCUUUGAAUAUUUUUACAUUUAAAAAGUUUUGCCUUUUUUAUUCCAAAAAAAUAUUUUUAUGAAAAUUAUAACGUAAUAAAUUCUAACCUUUAAAUAUAUUCUAAUAAGACAAUGUGGUUUAAGCCAAUCAGUGCAGCACACUUCCAUAGCCAAAUAGCGUUUACUAAUCAACUUAUAACUCAUACAAAUAAGAACGAACCAUGUGAAGUGCAAAGUAUGUUAGUAUGGGUAUGGAAAGGACUACAAUCCGGUGAAAGAUUUUCUAAAUUUAUUUGAAUCUGGGUGGGGAGGGGUUGUUCACUUUGCCCCAGGCACCACAAGAUACGCCUCAAAAUAAAGGAAUGACUUUGAUAAAUAAUUAACCCUCUUUUUUAUAUACAUAUCGGAGGUAGGAUAUAGGAUGUGUACAUUUUUACGAGGAUGACAAUAUAUUUAAAUCCUAUGGUAUUACAUUUGUGAAAAAAAGGUAUGCCACUUUCUCUUUUUACAAAUAUUUAUUGAUAUGUAUAUGUUCAUUUUGCUAAAGGCUGCAAAAGAUACGUUUUAAAAUAAAGGAAUUAAUUUGAUUAAUAACUAACCUACUUUGGUACAUACAUAUCGGAGGUAGGUAAUGGGAUGUCAAUAUUUUCACGUGCAUGACAGUAUAGUUAACUCCUAUGUUAUUACAUUUGUGAAAAAAGAGAUGCCACAUUCUCUUUUUACAAAUAUUUAUUGAUAUGUAUAUGUUCAUUUUGCUCAAGGCAACACAAGAUACGUCUAAAAAUAAAGGAGUGAAUUUGAUAAAUAAUUAACCUUCUUGGGUACAUUCAUAUCAGAGGUAAGUAAUAGGAUGUGUACAUUUUCACAUGGAUGAAAAUAUAUUUAAAUACUAUGGUAUUACAUUUGUGAAAAAGAGAUUUUGCAUUCUCUUUUUACAAAUAUGUAUAAGUUCAAUUUGCCCCAGACAGCACAAGAUACGUCUCAAAAUAAAGGAAUGAAUUUGAUAAAUAAUUAACCUUCUUGGGUAAAUACAUGUCGGAGGUAGGAAAUAAGAUGUCUACAUGUUUACGUGGAUGACAAUAUAGUUAGCUCCUAUGGGAUUUUUUUGAUGAAAAAAGAUGUUACAUUCUCUUUUUACAAAAUAGGUAAAUUCAUUUUGUCCAAGGCAAUACUAGAAUAAAUAUCCCGAUGUUAUCGGUAUAAUAAUGGUAGGACUUUGCGAUAAUUUCUAACUGCUAUUGUAAAAAAAAUCAUCACAAUCCAUAACUAUAAAAAUAUAAUGAUUUUUACGUUUCUAUCAUCAUUAAAUUUUGAGAGGUGUGUUUAUCUGAUAUAUAUUAUACGCCUACGCUACUCCCUUUCACGCUCCUUAACUACUUUUUCCUCUUCUAAUCAUGAUCUUAAAUUACCCAGUCUAAGUAAUCACUAAUUAUAUAACAUUUGUCACUAAAGAAGUACAUUGAUGGACAAUUACUACGCUAGAGAACUACUUUAGAUUUACCCCUUUUCGUGCCCUUGCCUUAAAACUUUCUUUUUCUCUAAAAACAAGAUACGUCUCAAAACAAAGGAAUGAGAUUGAUAAAUAAUUAAUUUUCUUGGGUAAAUACAUGUCGGAGGUAGGAAAUAAGAUGUGUAUAGUUUUAUGUGGAUGACAACAUCGUUAACUCCUAUGGUAUUCCCUUAAAAAAAAAGAGAUGUUACAUUCUCUGUUUACAAAUAUGGGUAAUUUCAUUUUGCCCAUUGCAAUACAAGAUACGCCUCAAAAUAAGGGAAUGAAUUUGAUCAAUACUUAACCUCCAUGGGUACAUUCAUAUCGGUGGUAGGAAAAAGGAUGUGUACAUUUUUACGUGGAUGACAUUAUAUUUAAAUCCUAAAGUAUUACAUUUGUGAAUGUGGCAGUGUAUGCCCCAACCCACUAUUUGACCCGUUACGUAAACCAUGUCUGGCGCCCAACUCAAGGCCGCGCGGUGUGUAGUAGCACUGGCGCGGUGCGUAACAGGUAUCCCUUUUCACCUUCCCCCCCCCCCCCCCCCGACGGUCACUAUACGGCCGGCGCAUAGGUUAGGAAUUCAAUAAUUUAUUUAUCAGGAACCCUAGCGUAUUAAGUUAUACAUUACAUCUAGUUAAGACGGGGAUUUUAUUCACUAUACCUUAGCAUAUUUACAAGUUUCCAUCGUUGGAGGAUAUUUUAAUAUUUAGUCAUUAAAGGAGUUUUCGCCUUCAUUUAUAGUGGUCCCCACCCCCUUCUAGUUAAAAUAUCUUAAAAACUAUUUAAGUCAUAAAAAUAUAAAAUAGCAUCUUAGAUAGCUAAGACAAAACUGCACAGAUUACAUAUAAGUCGUUAGGGAUGUGGAUAAAGAUUUUAAUUAUUACUCUGGAUUAGUCCCCAGAGUUAGGCAUUUUAUCCCAGGAAACUGGCCAGAAGGCAAAACUUAGACCGACUCGGUUUAGGUGUGACGUAGGGGCUCUCUGAUAUGUCCGCGCACGGUUUUAAAAAGGGGAGCACACGAGGUAGGGGUCAUUUCGAGCUUUGGUCAGCAUACCUGCAUUGUGCCUUUGUUCAGUGCGGCCCAUUGGAACGCUCUAUAUUUUCCUUUUUCUUUUCCUUUUUCUUUUCCUUUUUCUUUUCCUUUUUCUUUUCCUUUUUCUUUCUCUUCUUCUUUCCCUUCUUCUUGUUUUCAUCAUAGGAGAGCAUUAAUUAAAAAGCUAUAGUCCUCAAGACCUGAUUGUUUCAUUUUGAUUUUAUUUUAAAACUGUAAGCCACGUCAUCCACUCGGCUACAUGAAGAAAAGAGAUUUUUAAUUCUCUUUUUACAAAUAAACUUGUUUACCAAUUAAGAAAAUCAUUGGCGUUACAUUUAUAUAAGCAUACCCUUAACUAUCAAAACCCAAUCAUUUUACACACUUGAAAAAGUAAUUUUGAAAAAUAGAGAUGGGUUAAUAUUUUACUUUCAACAAAAUUAAAAUAUAAUUUUGAUUUCACUUUGCAAAAAGUAAAGAGGUGUGUAUUUUUAUAAGAUGAAGAAUUUUUUUUUUUUUAAAAAGAUACAGAUAAAACAGAUAAAGUCUGUUUUAGGCGUGAACAAUGGUUGCGAGAUUCGUCUUUAGAUAAAAUAAUUCUUUGUUUUACGAGUCUCUGGUAAUAUUUGAUUUUUUAAGGCAUAAAUAUGUUUAAGUUUUGAUGAGAUAUCAAUGCAUAUCGAAUUCCUGUCAUAUAAAAUAUACUUAUAUCACAUAUAUAGCUUUUGAUGUAAAUUUAAGAUUAGUCUUUUUAAAAAAAAUUUUGAUGAAAAAAGUUGUAAUUCAAGGGCACGAAAAUGGGUAAAUCUAAAGUAUUUCUCUAAGGUAGUAAUUGUCCCUCAAUUAACUCCUUUAGGGACAAAAUUGAUAUAAGUAGUGAUAAGUUAGACUGAGUAUUUUAAGGUCAUGUUUAGAGGGGGAAAAAGUAGUUUAGGAGCGUGACAGGGAGUAAGGUAGGCUUAUAUUAUAUAGUAGAAAUAUAGUUCUCAAAACUUAAUGAUGUUAGAAAUGUAAAUAGCACUAUAUGUUUAAAGUUAUGAAUUGUGAUAAUUUUUGCAAUAGCACUUACAAAUGUACGCAAAGGACCUAUCAUAAUUAUCCCGAUAAUAUCGGGUCAUUUAUUUUAGUGUUAAACAUAAAAAGAAACAGUAGUUUAGAAGGGAAAUUGAAGAUUACUGUCACAUGGUGAGGACAGGGUCGGUAAUUAAUAUAGGAAGAGGGAAAGGGGAGAAUGGAAAGAAAUUAAUUAUAUGUUCAUCUGUUGUAUAAAGUGGAGGAUGUAGAAAGAGGGAGCAAGUGAAAUAAAAUACGACAUUCAUAGCAAAUGGUGCCCGAUAAGGUCAUCUUUUUUCUUAAAUCACCCUUGCUGGUCUGCUGGAAGAAGGAAACAUAGCAGUAAUGGACACAUCAUUCGCACUGUGGUCUCUUCUAUCGAAGUGAGCAUAAACGGCACAUUACUUAUAGUUAGAAAUGUUGCGUAUAUGUUUACUAAAUCUAUCACCAAGUCGCCACCCUGUCUCGCAUGCAUAUCGUAUUCGGCAGCUUUUACAAACCAUCGUGUAAACAAUCUAGCGGCUGAUACAAGUGAACCCGUCUCGUAAUUGAAAAGAAACAUUAAGGAAGACAACGUGUUCCAUUUGAAUGGGUGAGGGCAGGUCUUACAGUAGCUGCAACCAGGGGAGGUCUUACAGUAGCUGCAACCACAUGCCUGACUCCAAAAGUGGGAGGGGACAUUUCGGAUGUGGCCACGAACAAGAACGUCACUCCUUUCUUAUCAAAUAUUUUCUAGUAAAAAAACAACAAAUUAUCUAUUAAUGCCAUCCCAAAAUUUCUUACGAUUCAUUCAAGCUUCAUGAGAAGUAAUUUAUUGUCCAAUUUGAAUCCCUUCCCUGUCUACAUUUUAAAACUGUUUUAAUUGUCUUUUAGCCCUUGGAAGGCUUUUAUCCGAAGCGUCCGCACAUAUGUUUCGGCUUUUUUCAGUUUUUUUCCAAACCCUGUGUUUUAUAUGACUUAUUGCAACAACCCUGUGUUUUAUAUAACUUAUUGCAACAAACCUUUUUUAUAUGACUUAUUGCAACAACCCUUUGUUUUAUGUGACUUAUUGCAACAACCCUGUGUUUCAUUUGACUUAUUGCAACAACCCUUUGUUUUAUAUGACUUAUUGCAACAACCCUUUGUUUUAUAUGACUUAUUGCAACAACCCUUUGUUUUAUAUGACUUAUUGCAACAACCCUUUGUUUUAUAUGACUUAUUGCAACAACCCUUUGUUUUAUGUGACUUAUUAGAACAACCCUGUGUUUAUAUGACUUAUUGCAACAACCCUGUGUUUAUAUGACUUAUUGUUAAAACAUGAAUGUAGUACUAGACCAAUGAUCUUUUACUGACAAUUGUUGCCCAUAAAAGAACUAAAAUAUCUUUUACUGACAAUUGUUGCCCAUACUCUAGCUAAACUUCCAUUUCCUCAGAAUGUGACCCGGUGUCUGAAUCCUCCUUCACCCCCCUAAGCACAGCUUGCCGGUUACAACAUGUCCAGAUCAUACAGAUUCUCCUCAAGUAUGGAGCUGACCCCUUGCUGGACUUACCUAUGGAAGGGAAUGUUCUACACACGAUAGCCAUGUACGCCACGGUGGAGAUCGCAGAGGUUUGACAUAUGCUUUGACACAUUUUAUCUUAAGAAACACAUUUUGACAACAGGAAUAUAAUGUUUUAUUUAUAUAUUAUUAUUAAUAAAAGAUUUAAAAUAUUGUUUUUUGAAAUCUCGCGCAUUUUGUUAAAGAAACGAAAAAGAAAUUUGGACUAGUUUUAUAAAAUUAAAGACAAGAAAAGUAAAGAAAAUAUUUUAACUUAAAUGCAUUUCUCUUACAAUUCCCAAUCUAUUAUUAUGUUUGCAACGGCCACAGAUUGUGUUCAGAGACAUUGCACCACCGGUCCAUUCAGUCUCAACACUACGUCUUACGCCCCUACACAACGCAGCGCUCAGCGGCAACGCUGGCAUGGUAGUUUGGUUGGUAAGUGGUAAAUGGUCAGGUUUUCUGGUUGGUAAGCGGGAAACGGUCAGGUUGUCUGGUUGGUAAGGUGGAAAAGAGCUGGUUGUUUAUUUGGUAAGAAAGAAAAUGUCAAAUUUCAUGUUUGUUGAGUCUGAAAUGGUCAAAUUUUUUGGUUAAUAAGUUUAAAAUGGUCAAAUUAUUUAACCGUGACGUCUAAGUUAAAAAUGGCCCUAUUGUUUGGUUGGUAUGUGGGGAAUGGUCGGAUUUUUUAGUUUUUAGUUGUUAGGGUUUAAAAGAUCUGAAAAUUUGGCUGGCAAAAAUCUAAAGCCACACAUUAUUUGAUCUGUAUAGCGGCAAGAGUCAUAGUUUGGGGUUAGUUUUAUGAGUUAUAGUUUUAAAUAUGGAGAAUAAAUUUUACAUUAUUUGAAUACAGAUCCAUUUGGAUAAUUGAAGCUUUAAUUUAAACUAUUAGCUUCAGCACGGCGCCAACCCAAGGGCC